AUCACUGAUUCUGACUGUCAACACAGAAAAUUUAUUCCUGAAAUAGGUAGUGGCGUUUAUUGAUUACUGUAAAAUUUGUUUCAAAAGUUAAAGAUUUAUUGAAAUAACACGAUUCUGUGUUGUUUUAUUGCAAUCAUGAGUGGCAAUCGUGGAAAUUUUAGUUUUUCUAUGCGCCGUUCUGGGCAGCUCUCGAGCACUUUCGCUGGUCGACAGCAACAGCAACAGCAACAACAACCACAACAAAAAAACUUUUCCUUAAAUGCAGUUCCUCCACCGAGUUCUCUAUGUGGCCGGGGAUCCGGUUUUUCUUCAUCAAAAUCAUAUAAUCAAUCAACUGGUACCGUAUCCAAACACGGUUAUCAUACGAUGGAUGCCAUUGCGGCAUUUUCCAAUAGUUCGUCUCAAUACACUUUGGGAAAGAAACGGGGAAAAAAUGACGACGAAAGUUACUUUGAUGAUGAUGACGAACCCGCUCCUCAGUUGGAAUAUAUUCCUGCACCAGGCUCCCCUUCGGCAAAUGAAUCACAAGUUAAACAACAGGGCAAUGAAUCGGAUGAUGACGAUGAAGAGGACGAUCCGCUGGAUGCGUUUAUGGCAGGUAUAGAAGCUCAAGUAGAAAGAGAGAAGAAAAAAAUCCCGGAACCGAACAUCGACCCGAAGAAAGGAGUGCGAGGGGAUAUCGAUGACGAAGACGACGAGGAAAGCUAUUAUCGCUAUAUGGAAGAAAAUCCGAACGCAGGAAUUCUGGACGGUGACGGUUCGGACGCUGAACUUGAGUACGACGAAGAUGGCAAUCCAAUUCCUCCACCAAGAAAACGUGACAUUGAUCCGUUACCACAGAUAUAUCACUCUGAAAUAGAAUAUGAGAAAUUUGAGAAGAAUUUUUACAUUCCUCAUGAAGAUAUAAUUGCGUUGAGUCAGUCGAAAACUUAUGAGUUACGGAAAACAAUUGGAAUUCGCGUCAGUGGACCUAUGCCACCAGCACCGGUAACCAGUUUCGCACAUUUCGGAUUUGACGAGUCCCUGAUGAAGGCGAUUCGUAAGUCCGAAUAUACGCAACCAACUCCGAUUCAAGCACAGGCUGUUCCGGCUGCCCUCAGUGGUCGAGAUAUUAUCGGAAUCGCAAAAACCGGUAGCGGUAAAACGGCUGCAUUUCUGUGGCCAAUGUUGGUACACAUUAUGGAUCAGAAAGAACUUGGAUCUGGUGAUGGACCGAUUGGGUUGAUUUUGGCACCGACACGUGAGUUGUCUUUACAGAUCUACCAAGAAGCGAAAAAGUUCGGUAAAGUCUAUAAUAUUAGUGUUUGUUGUUGCUACGGAGGUGGUUCCAAGUGGGAACAGAGCAAAGCCCUUGAGCUGGGUGCAGAGAUUGUGGUGGCCACUCCUGGGCGCAUGAUCGACAUGGUCAAAAUGAAGGCAACCAAUUUAAGACGGGUUACGUAUUUGGUGUUAGAUGAAGCCGACAAAAUGUUCAACAUGGGCUUUGAACCACAAGUUCGAUCAAUCUGCAACCACGUUCGCCCUGACCGACAGACCCUGUUAUUCAGUGCUACUUUCAAGAAAAGAAUUGAACGCUUGGCUCGCGAUGUUCUCACCGAUCCGGUCCGAAUUAUUCACGGUGAUCUCGGCGAAGGCAAUGAGGAUAUUACCCAGCACAUUCUUCUGUUCAGUAAUCCAACACAAAAAUGGAUCUGGCUAUUGGAAAAUAUAGUGCAGCUUCUCUCAGAGGGAAGUGUACUCAUAUUCGUCACAAAGAAAGCUGAUGCGGAACAGGUGGCCAAUAGUCUAAUUUUACAAGAAUAUGAUCCUGUUUUGCUGCAUGGUGACAUGGAUCAGUCUGAUCGAAAUACUGUCAUAACCAAAUUUAAGCGUCGCGAAGCAGACAUAAUGGUAGCCACUGACGUAGCUGCUCGUGGUCUCGAUAUACCACACAUCAGAACUGUAGUAAAUUACGACAUUGCCCGUGAUAUUGAUACUCACACACAUCGCAUUGGAAGAACUGGUCGUGCUGGUGAAAAAGGUACAGCGUACACGUUGGUAAUGGAAAAGGAUAAAGAAUUUGCCGGUCAUCUGGUUAGAAAUCUGGAAGGAGUUAAUCAGGAGGUUCCGGAUGAGUUGAUGAAAUUGGCGAUGCAGAGCUCUUGGUUUAGAAAUUCUCGUUUCAAGCAAAACAACAAAGGAAAAAAUUUAAAUGUCGGCGGAGCUGGGUUGGGCUUUCGUGUUCGACCAGCACCGAGUGGGCCACUUAAAUCAACCGAUGGUUCUUCGUCCUCAUCUGGUAACAGAGCACCAAUGGAUCGUUUAUCGGCUAUGCGCGACACUUUCAAAGCACAAUACAACGCUCAGUUCAAAGCAUCAUCCGAUCGAACUUGGGAAAACACCAUCCCCGAGGGUGGUGUCUUUACAAAACCUACAAUUGCGGGCUUUGUACCAGCUUCCAGAUGCGAUAACAGUGAAGUCGCACACAACCAAGACCAGCAGCAAUCAAGCGGCGAUGAACGACCGAAAAAGAAGAAAAGUAGAUGGGAUUAAGAAGAUCAUUCAAACAGAUAUACUCGAUUUUGGCAACUUACGUUUUAGUUUAUGCUGUGGUACAAUUUACAAAUUGUACGAGCCAAUUGUGAAUAAGUCGAUUGGAAGAAGCAUUUAAAAUAUUGAUAGCACAUGCGGAUAUGUAUCAAAUAAAGUCUUCGUAAUCAUUGUCUGAA